AUGGAAGAAAAUUUUCAAGAAACUUAUGACCAUGAUUCAGUAUUUUCUGAGUUUUCUGAAGAUACUUUUAAUAGUGAAAUUCCUAAUGUUGAACUUAACGAAGGAAAAAUUGAGAAGAAUGCUAUAGGUCAAAUACGUAAAAGAACAAUAGUUUGUAAUAGAAAAGGUUUUCCUGACAAAAAUUUAAAUGGUCUAAAUAAAAGAAACCGCAUUUCACAACGUUGUAAUUGUGAAUUUAGAGUUCGUGCUUCACUUAAUUCCAGUAAUAGACUUUGGUACCUAAUUUCUGUACAAUUAGAACACAACCAUUCUAUGGUUUCUGGAAUUUUUCGCAAAUUUAUGUCUGAAGAAAGAACAAUUCCAAUUGAAGUUCAAGAAAGAAUUUUACUUCUUCGUCGUUCUGGUUGUAAUGGAAUAAAACGAGAAUUUGAUUCAAAUGACUUUGUAAAGAAAUUGGAACAUCUCAAAUCUCAAGACAAUGAAUUUUGUUAUGAAGUUUUAAUAGAUCCUGAAACAAAUGAAUUUAGGCAAGCAAUUUGGAUGUUUCCUGAACAGAGAAUAAACUAUUGCCGCUUUUAUGAUGUAGUUAUUUUUGACAAUACCUACAAAACUAAUAGGUUUGGAAUGCCAUUUGGCAUUUUUACUGAGGUUAAUAAUUAUGGCCAAAUAUUUCUAACUGAUGAAGAUCAAGCUAUUAUUAAAGCAGUAGAUCUUAUUUUUCAGCUGCAUGGAAUAAAAUAUGCUUUGUGUUUAUGGCAUCUCAUGAAAAAUGUGGUUAAAAAUUUAAACGGUAUUUUAGAAUUUAAAUGGGUGGAAUUUAUAAAGUUUUUUUAUCAAUGUAUUAAUAAUUAUGAUGAGAAUGAUUUUUUGGAAAAAUGGGAACAAUUAAAAACAAAUUAUCCAUCAACUAUCAAGUACUUAAGAAAAAUGGAUAAAAAUUUAACCCGUUGGACACCAUGUUAUAACAAGCAAAUAUUUAUGGCAGAUAUGUCUACAACACAAAGGGGUGAAUCUAUGAACAGUUUAAUGAAAGGUUACAUGGAUGCUACAACAUCUUUAAUGAAUUUCUUAAAAGCAUUUGAAUCAGCAUUAGAACAGAGAAAGGAGGAUGCAGAUUUGGCAAAAUUUUGUGGAGAUAAUAAAGUUAUUUCAUUAUUAACGGCAAGUCCUUAUGAAAAACAAGCUUUAGAAUUAUUAACAAAAUAUGCAUUAAUGAAAACUCAGGAGCAACUUUCUCAAUGCAUGUCAUACAAAAGUGAAAAAAUUAACAGUAAUGACAAUGAAAUUUCAUUUUGUAUAGAACGAUUUG